AUGGCGAAUCCCGCCAAGCUCCAGAUUCUCAAAGAUGCGCUCUACGAGGAGAUCCGGCAGCAUGGCUCCGCGACUCGGCUCUUUGCACAGAGCGACAUUCUUGAUCUCAACAUAAUCCCGAACAAUGAUUUGGAGCUUCUUAUGAACGUCGUUCAAGGCCUCACUGACGAUAAGCUCUUAAUCGGUACAACAAAUCAUCAUGCCGGGUUAUCGUGGAGAUGGAGGAGCAGAGAGGAAGCAAAGAAGUACACCUCGCUCCCGAAUGACGACGCCGUCAUGGUGUACGCGAUCAUCGACGAGGCGGGUGCCGACGGCAUUUGGAACCGAACGAUCAAGAACAGACUGAACAUGCACGAGGCGGUCGUAAAAUCUACCAUAAAAUUCCUCGAGGCCAAGGGAUACAUCGCGAGCAUGAAAAAUGUCGAGCACCCGAACAAGAAGAUGUACAUCAAGGCCACUCUCCGUCCCUCUGACCGCGCGACGGGUGGUCCUUGGUUCACCGAAGGGGAGCUUGACACAGCCUUUAUCGCCGAGCUCGAAGGCAUUGUAUUUGAGUACAUCAAAACCAAGAGCGCCUAUCGUGGCUCUCAGCCAACCGGCACGGCCGGCCCAACUAAAACCCCCAAACGUGGCGCGGUAACCGCCGGUGAGACCACCACGUUGGCACGCGGGACCAAACGCUCGGCCACCGAAAUGUCCAACGACGACGCCGCCCCGGCCGUCGGCACAACACGGACCACGCCAAGCACCACCACCACUACAUCCACCAAAACCCGCGCCAUCUUUCUUCCCAUGCCCGCCGGGUACAAACAUUAUCCGACGGUAGCCGAGAUGGCCAAAUUCAUCCACGAAACCGGCAUCACGAAUAACACAACUCUUGGUGAAGCGGACAUCCAACAGCUUGUCGACGUGUUGACCUACGACGGACUUAUUGAGCCCGUCCGGGUCGGUCGGCGCCGUGGCUACCGCGUUGCGCGCGCCACCAAACAGGACACAGUGCCCUUUCACAAGCGACAAAAGGAACGCGAGGCCGGCGUCGGUCUCAAUUUAUCGCUCGUACCAGGUGCCGAACCCCUUAGUAACGGGUUGACCGAGGCACCCUGUGGGCGGUGUCCCGUAUUUGAGCUGUGCGAAGAAGGAGGGCCGGUGAGUCCGAGUAAUUGCGUGUAUUUUUUGCAGUGGUUGGACCUGGAGGAUGUGCCUCAGGCAUUGGCCCCCAAUGUGGGGUUUCCCCCAUGA